AUGACAAGAAAAAUUUUAUUUGUAACUUUACUAUAAGUCACAUUCUUAUCUUUUGAUUAAUUUUUUGAUUAGAUUGUUCUACCAUUUCAAUGGACAUUCACUAUAUUCAUAACUAUUUGCAUUUUUAUCAAAUAAAGAAGAGAAUCAGUGUAUAUUUUUAAGAAAUUCAAAUCUAAUCAUGAUUUAUUAUACCAAGAAGUGAUGUUGAAUCAUAGUUUAUAAUAAAUUCUAUUUGUGAUUAAAAUUAUCUACGGAUUAAUCAAAAGUAAAUCUUCAUUUAUAAAUUCAUUUUUAGAAAUCACUAGAUUAUUUUGAAGUUUUUUUUCCAAUCAAGAAUGUAAAAAAGAAUUUGCAUAAAUUGACAACAUUUUUAAGAGAACUACAUAAAUUGUAAUGAAUCUAAUCUCUCCUAUUAUAAUUUGAAGGUCAAUUUCAGUUAAGAAUAAAUUUUUAACAAUUAUAAAGGAUCUACUGGUGAAUAGAUUAAUAUAGUAGAUAAACCCGUAUAUUUAAAUCAAAUACUCUAUUAAUAUAUAGCUAAUUAUCAAAAUAAAGAAAUGUAUGAGAGUCUACCUUUAAAAUUGACUGGAUUAUAAAAUAACCAAACUUUUAAUAUAUUAGUAUCUCCUUGUAUUUGGAAACAUGAGAAAUGCUUUAUCAUUUCUUUAAUUAAUCUAACUGAUCGAAUUAAGAUAUCUUAAUUAGAAAAAUUAGAUUAAUAUAAAGAGAGUGUUUUAGCUAUUCUAAGUCAUGAUCUUAAAAAUCCAAUCAAUGUUAUUUAAUCUAUGAUUACUCUAGUUUAAGAAGGUUUAUAUGAAUUAUUAGACUUCAAUAAUGUAGGUGUUUAGUUAUAGAUUUAAUCUUGUUGUAAUUAUUUGUAAAUGUGUUAAACUAAUGUUCAAACAUUAUAAUCAUUUGUUAAUGAUUUAUAAGAUUUUGCUUAAAUUAAAUAGUAAAAGUUGAAAUUGGUUGUCAUUUAAUUUGAAAUUUAUAAUCUUAUUUAAGAGAUCAAGAAUGUUUUUUAAAUUUAAUUUUAAAAGAAAAAUCUUGAAUUAGAUAUUUAAGUAAAAUUAAAACUAAAUCAAAUUUAUUAAAAUGAUCCUUUAAGAAUUAAGCAAGUAUUAUUCAAUUUGAUUUCAAAUUCAAUCAAAUUUACAUCUUAAGAAAGAUAACCGUCAAAUUCUCUGAUGAUAUUUAAAAAAUUAUCUAAUUUUGUAAUACAAUCAAAGAAUAAAUUGAUUCUAUUAAAAGUAUUGUAGAUCCUGGAAUAUUGUUUAAAAAUAAAUUCAAAAUUUUCAUAUGUAAAGUUACUGAUAAUGAAAGUGGAAUGAGUCUAGAUAUCUAACAUGGAGUUUUUAGACAUUUUGCUACCUAUGAAAAUCAAUCUAACAUAAAUCAGUAGAGUAUUGGUGUAAUUAAAUAGAAAUAGUGUUGGCCUAAGUCUAAUCAUUUGUAGGUAACUUUGUGGUUAUAUUGGUCCUAUAUAAUACAUGUACUUAAGAUCUUAAGCAGGAGUUGGUACAACUUUUUAAUUUGCCAUUUAUAAAAAUUAUGAUAUACAACAUCGCUAUGAUUAUUCAGAAGAUUAAUCAAGCAUCGAUUCUAUCGAUUAUGAUAUUUCAGUACAAUCUCCCUAUAAAAAUAUAUCACCACAUGUCACAUAACUCCUUUAUACAAAAAACAACAAAGGAGAGAUGAAACAUUCAUUUGCAUAUUGCUCAAAUUGCAAUUAACUAAAAUUGGUGUUCAUAAAAUGGAUGUGGUCUAUAAUGGAAGAGAAGCUAUUGAAAUCUCAUAGAAGAAAGUAUAUGACAUAGUAUUUUUGGAUGUUAAUAUGCCUGACAUUAGUGGAUUCCAGUGCAACUAGGACUUCAAUAAUACAAAUGGGGAAAUUUAAAUCUACAUGUUUACAGGUUUUAAUGAUCUCUAAACUCAUUAAAUUUCUUUAGAUGCCGGAGUGGAUAAACUCUUAUUCAAACCUUGAACUAUUGUUGAAUUGA